UACUUGGAGAUUGUUGUGACGUUUGGCUCGUUUGCUUUAAAUAUCCUUCAUUUCCCCCCCGGCAUAUGCUUCCCGAAUCUCCCCUUAUCCCUUCUCACUUUUCCCUUACAAAUUCAAAAUCUCGCUGAACUGCUUACUCUCUAUCCCUCUCUAAUGGCGUCCUCGACGCCUGUGCUUCAGCAGCACAACAACCUUCUUUUCACUUUCACCUCUAAAUAUACCAAUUCACUUUUCUUCUUCAACUCUUCUCUUAAGUAUUAUGUAACGAAGCCUCUAACCUCUACAUCUUCAUCUUCUCUGUUUUCAUCGCCAUUACAAUACUCCCGUCCUUUAGUUCGACUCACGCGCGUUACCACCGCGCCUGUAGAGUACGUUCCACCAGCACCUGACUUUGAUUUCCACAAAGAAAUCGCUAGGUUAAAAGAUUUGAGAUCGAAGCUUGAUAGUUGUACUAAUUUGAAGGACAGAAUCAGAGUGAUUGACUCUGAUAGUCGUGUAAAUUCCUUUUUUUAUUCGCAUAAGAAUACGUUUUCUAGGGUUUUGGACACUUUGCAUUUGGAUAAGUAUGAAGUGUUUUUGCUUAAAUGCGUCGUUGCUGCCGGACAACAGCAUGUUUUUGGUGAUGUUUGUACAGAGUAUGAUGCCACAACAAGUUCACUGAAGAGUGCAUUCUAUGCUUUGGCGGAGAUGAUUGACAAUUGGGAUGUAAAUGAAGGUAUUCGUCGCCGUGGUGUUAAUGAUUAUGCCCUUGGAAUUGAAGAGUUUGAGGCAUUGAGGUCAAUGUUGAAAAUUAUUGCUGAGGUUGAGCGGUUUUAUGAUUGCAUUGGAGGAAUAAUAGGGUAUCAAAUCAUGGUCCUUGAGCUUCUUGCUCAGUCAACUUUUGAACGACCGUGUUUGUCCCAUAACUCAAAUAGUUCUCUCAAGCGUGACAUAACAGAAAUUCAUCCUCCAAAUGUGCUUGAUCUUUCUCAGGAUUUAGAAUAUGCAUCUCAAGCAGCUAUGUGGGGAAUCGAAGGUUUGCCAAACAUGGGUGAAAUUUAUCCUCUUGGUGGCUCGGCAGAUAGGCUGGGUUUGGUUGACUCUAACUCUGGUGAAUGUCUUCCAGCUGCAAUGCUUCCAUACUGUGGGCGUACUCUAUUAGAAGGUCUUAUAAGAGAUCUUCAGGCUAGGGAGUACCUGUAUUUCAAGUUAUACGGAAAGCAAUGCAUCACUCCAGUUGCAAUCAUGACAAGUGCAGCAAAAAGCAAUCAUGAGCAUGUCACCACACUCUGUGAGGAACUCUGCUGGUUCGGAAGGGGAAGAUCAAAGUUCAAACUUUUCGAGCAGCCUCUUGUUCCAGCUGUUAGUGCAGAAGAUGGGCAGUGGUUGGCUGGCAGAGCAUUCAAACCUGUAUGCAAGCCAGGUGGUCAUGGGGUGAUCUGGAAACUUGCUUAUAGUGAAGGUGUUUUCCAGUGGUUUCACGAUCAUGGAAGACGAGGUGCAACCGUGCGACAAGUCAGUAAUGUUGUGGCAGCGACAGAUGUGACUCUUUUGGCUUUAGCUGGAAUUGGUUUGCGUCAAGGAAAGAAACUGGGAUUUGCUUCGUGUAAGCGAAAUGCUGGUGCUACUGAAGGCAUAAAUGUUCUAAUUGAGAAGAAGAAUCUUGAGGGGAAAUGGACUUGUGGUAUAUCCUGCAUAGAAUAUACUGAGUUUGACAAGUUUGGGAUGACAGAUAAUCCCCUUUCUUCUUACAGUUUACAGGACGAAUUUCCUGCCAAUACAAACAUUCUAUAUGUUGAUUUGCCCUCUGCUGAGCUUGUUGCUUCAAGUAAUGAUGAGACUAGUUUGCCUGGAAUGGUGCUUAAUGUGAAAAAGGAAAUCACAUUUGUGGACCAAUUUGGAAGCAAGCAUAGUGUCCGAGGUGGCCGUCUUGAAUGCACAAUGCAAAACCUUGCUGACAACUUUUUCAAUACAUGCUCAUCUCAAUGUUAUGAUGGUGUCGAAGAUGAACUGGAUACUUUUAUUGUAUACAAUGAAAGAAAGAAGGUGACAUCAUCUGCCAAGAAGAAACGUAGACAGGGUGACACGUCGCUUCACCAGACUCCAGAUGGAUCGCUGUUGGAUAUUAUGCGUAAUGCCUAUGAUAUUCUUUCUCACUGUGAGAUCAAACUUCCAAAGAUUGAAGGUAAUGAGAAGUAUGUUGACUCUGGGCCUCCAUUUCUAAUUCUUCUCCAUCCUGCUCUAGGCCCCCUUUGGGAAGUAAUCAGACAGAAGUUCUAUCGAGGUUCUAUCUCUAGGGGUUCAGAGUUGCUAAUAGAGGUUGCUGAGUUCUUGUGGAGAGAUGUGCAGCUUGAUGGGAGUUUGAUCAUUUUAGCUGAGAAUGUUCUAGGUUCUCCAAGGAUUGAUGAAAAUGGUGAAACUGUUGUUCACUAUGGAAAAAGGUGUGGGAGAUGUAAGCUGGAGAAUGUCAAGAUAUUGAAUGAUGGAAUUGAUUGGAAUGCAAGAGAAAAUUUAUACUGGAAGCACGAUGUGCAGCGGUUUGAGGCAGUAAAGGUUAUACUUCACGGAAAUGCUGAAUUUGAAGCAGUGGAUGUUAUAUUGCAGGGUAAUCAUGUUUUUGAAGUUCCAGAUGGUUACAAAAUGAAGAUAACAACUGGAGAUUCAGGGUUAGCUGUUGAACUUAAACCUAUUGAGAAUAAGUUGAUGGAGUCUGGAAGCUGGUUUUGGAACUACAAGAUAAUGGGCAACCAUGUUCAGUUGGAAUUGGUGGAGUUAUAGGAGGAUUGACAGAUACCCACCCACUUUUGUGAAUCAUGAUUCACAACUGGGGCUUGUAACUGGUUCAGGCUUGGUUGAACAAAAGUUGAACCACUCGACUCUGCAUCAGUUUUAUGAUAAUGAGUCUUAAUGCCAUAUAAUAACAAAGUGAUUGAGGCUGUUUGUAAUUUAGUUGUAAAUCAUGUGCAAGCACAAUUUUACAAAUCUCAAUACCACAGUUGUAUAUUUUCUUUCCUUUUUAACCCCUGUAUAAAUGUGAAUAUUGAUUUCCACUCCAGGUUUCCUGGUCAUUGUUAUAUACUUCUUGAUUUCUGUAACAAGAUCGAUUCUAUGAAA